AUGCGAAGGAUACUUAGACAAUUAACAGUAGCUGAAUCUAGCACUGACCAUAUCACUGAAGAACAAUACCUCCUAAUCAUCCAACAACAUAUAGCUGCUUAUAAGGAACUUGAGGAUCAUAAAAUCUCAUUUAUUACCCAUUUAGAUCAAUCCUGCUUACAGUCAUAUUUUAUAAGAGCCCAAGAAAGUGAGGCUAGCUUUUCAGAAAGAAACCACUUAUUGAAAUAUUUGUUGAGAAAAAUUGUCACUACAAUUAGAUAUAGAGACAACAUACUAAAGGAAUCCUUUGAUAGUAUCGCUGAUAAAUUAUAUCAAAUUUGGGGAAGUAAUGAAAGCUCCCCAGGGAUGACACUGAGGCAAUAUGAUGAAGAAGAAAAUGACACAUAUGCCCCUGAUUAUGAACAAAAUAUCCUAUUUGGAUAUGUCAAUGAUGAUGACGAAACAUUACAGGGAACAUCUUUCUUUGACAAUGCAAAUGAACUAGAGAGAGGAGGAACUUCAAAUAGAAUACCUCGAAGAGUUACAUUUAAUACAAGUAAUAAUAGGAGGUCUCUAUCUCCUGUCAGGGUAGAAAAUGUUCAACAAUUAGUAGCUUUAACAUUAUCUAGUAAUCAAUCGUCAAGGCCAUCAAAUUUUAGGGUAAUGACUUCACCAGUAGGAAAUACAAAUAAUGGAUUAUCAUUGGAAAAUCCUUACAACUUUUUCCAAGCAACUCAAUAUAGUCAUAUAUUUAACCCUUUGUCAACAACGAUAGCCUAA